UUUACAUCACAAGCACGUACACGCAACACGCUGGGACGCCGGUAUAAAACAGCAGCGCCAGGUCCAGACAAAAGUCCACGUAGAGGGGAUUUGAAGCGGGAGAAACGCGAGGAGAGCGAAGAGCAUCCAGAAAUGAAUCGAUUUACUAAAACCCACAUGACCUCACCCAUGUUCUUCUCAAGCAUGGAUACAGCCCCUUUCUUUAAGGUCACUGUGUUUGAGCAGGAGCAUUUCCAGGGAAAGUGUGUGGAGUUCACCUCUGAGUGCUGCAACAUCCACAACUGUGGCCUGGACAACAUCCGCUCCAUCCGAGUGGAGAGUGGAGCUUGGGUGGGAUUCGAGCACCACGACUUCCAGGGCCAGCAGUUCGUCCUGGAGAGGGGCGAGUACCCCAACUGGGAGGCCUACAGUGGCUCCUUGUCUUACCACAAUGAGCGCUUCAUGUCCCUUCGUCCCAUCUACUGUGCCUCUCACCACAGCAGUCGCAUGAUGAUCUUCGAGAGGGAGAACUUCACGGGCCGCAGCACCGAGCUGUGCGACGACUACCCCUCCCUGAGGGCCAUGGGCUGGUCCACGCCGGAGGUGGGCUCCAUGCACGUGCAGUGUGGAGCCUUUGUGUGCUAUGAGUACCCAGGCUACAGAGGCCAGCAGUACAUCAUGGAGUGCGAGAGACACAGCGGAGACUACCAGCACUGGAGGAACUGGGGCUCCCACUGCCAGACUCCAAAGAUCCAGUCCAUCAGACGCAUCAGGCACUGAGAAGGAACCGAUGGGAACUGGCAACACUAACGGCUCGGGCUAACACCUGGACCCCGCGCUUCAGGGGCCUCACUGUAGACGUCUGAACUCCGGGUUCGGUUCGGAGUUUAAGACUUCGUUUGUCAGGUCCGCAACUAAAACACAAGCUAUUGGUGACGUAGCAGCUACCUCUUUAUCCCAGCUCAUAUACAUUCUUGUGUUGAUACUCAUUUUGCUUAAAAACAAAUGAAAUAAAGCACAGAUUGAGAACCUGAGAAGUCCUUUCUGUUAUUCCUGUGUGAAUGCACGUGUACAGAGAUCAUGUGAGUACUACGUUUAAGUUCAAAAUAAACACAAAAAUGUAUGCAGCUUAACCAUACACUAAAACCUGAUGGGUUAUGACAAUUAGAGGUGUGUAAUAACCCAAUAUUUAAAGUCAUUGCCAACUGAAGUUUUUUUAAAUUGUGUUUCUGCUUUUUUAAAAUUAUUUCUUUACAGAAUAAAUUACUUUUAGUU